AUGGCGACGCAGCCGCUGCUGCUGGCGGCUCGCGAGCUCGCGCGCGGCCCCACGGCGUCGCUGCCUGACAACUUCGAGGUCGCCGCUACUGCCGCGUCUUCUGCUCACCUGGCGGUGCUAUUCCGGUCGCGAACGGAGCGGAACUGCGUGCGUUUGGGCGUGUUCAAGACGGACGACCAGGCGGACGCCGAGGAGCCCGAACUGGUCGAUUUACUGCCGGAAGCCGGCGACUCCGAGGCUUCUACGGUCGGUGACUGCGCGUGGACGCUUGCAUGGAGUCCGGACCUCAAGUUUCUGGUCGUGAGCGGCCGAAUCCCGCGCGCAGAGGGCGAAUCCGAGGGCGUCCUGUGGCUAUUCGCCCGCCCCGAGUGGUUGGCUUCUACCGCGGCGUCUGAGGCCUCACAGGGCCCUCCACUGCUACUACGUGUAGACCCAGCCAAGUACCUGGCUGUCAAGCACUGGGACCCGUCCACGAGCAUCGUGACCGUGUUCUUCCCCACGCAGAGCGGGAGCAGAGUGUUCGUGCUGUCUGCAGACGGCGUUUGGCUCAGUGUGGGCGUGCAACUGGCCAAGUUGGCGCUGGUGGCGAUGGAACAGACAGCGUCGGAAGACACGGCGGGGCUUUUCACGAUGAAAGUGGUCAAGAGGCUGACGGAGUGGCAUGCGGGCGUCACGGCCGCGAGUUAUGAGCUGCAGAGCGCCACGCUUGUGGUGACGGGAGGGGUAAGAGACCCCAGCGCGGACUUGGUCGAGAACCAGGCGUCGUCUUUGAGUGUCUGGAGAGUGGCCAGUGACAAGGACAGCACGGAAGUCGCGGAGCUGCUGGACUUUACGAUGGAAGGUGGUGGCCUAUUGACGGGCGUCACGAGUGCUCUAAUGGCUCCGUUCCGGAUGAUGGUAGGGGGAGAAGCGACAGAGUCGGAAGCGAUCGAAGGCUCAAUUCGUUACUUGGCACUGUCACCUUGCGGAAAUUUCGUGAGUAUGGUGGAUGAACUAGGAAGGGUUGCUAUGCGUCAAAUUGAUGCGUGUGCCGAUGUCUUGGCGUGGCAAGCUGUGGAGGACGUAUGGAGUGCCGAUUUUCAUGGCGUCACUAUGAAGUCGGCUGUGUGGCUGACUUCCGACUUGGUUGCGCUCGUACUCACGAACAACAGCGUCAUCUACUCAAAGUUCGUUGCUCACUCCGAAGAAGGAGCUGCAUCUGGAGCUACCAGCAGCGACAGCGAAGACGACGACAUCUCACCUUCAGGGCCUACUGGCCGUCUCGUGCUGACCCCCACAAGGCACUUCAGACCCUCUAUGAGUACAGCGAGUGGCGUAACUGAAAGCCUUGCUCUCACUCCAAGCAGUCAGAUCUCGGGCGGAAAGCACAGCGCGUCGUUCUCCGCAUGCGAAGUCGUUGUGAGCGGCGAUAUUUGGUUUGCUAGUCUGGUGCAGAGCUUACCUGUCGAAACUUUUGUCGAUUUGUUGAUGGAUGCACAGCGGUUUGAAGACGCUCUCGCGACAGUUGCGCUUUAUGGUACGAGUGAGAGUACUGUUAAUGCUGAUAGCAUUCACCAGCGUGUAUGGAUGCAGUACCGAAAUCAAGCGGGUUGUAUCAAGCAAGAUAUUAACGACGAAGCCGCUUCAACAAGCUCGGAACUCCAAGAUCUCGUCUUUUUGUCAACGCGGCCGCGGGGGCUUCUACAACGCGGGGAGCGAGAUGAAUUUGCAGUUGCAUUGGAGCAUUUGCGAGCGAUUUCCAACAAGCAGUGGGUGGUUGGCGAAUGUUUGCAUCUCAUCUCGGACGAUUCCAGCGGCAACAUGAAGAAGAUUCUUGAGGUGGCGUGGGAUGCCUGGGUGGGCUUAAACGAUGGCAACGAAGUUGCAACGGAGCUCUCGCAAGAAAAGGUGGAUUUACAGCGGUACAUUUACCGCCUCGAAACAUUGCGCUUAGUUCUGUGUGAAGAAGAAGGCGUUUCUACCACGUCGGUUGCAGGAGACCAGCUCUUUGAUGGAGAAGCGUAUGCGCAAUUUAGAUCCGCGUCUGUUUUGGCGACAGCGAAGCAGUUUGCUCGGGAAGGUCGUGUGGGCGCGCUCACUGUUCUAUUCGGUCGACAUGCGUGGAAUUUGCUCCCCCACUGGUUUGACGUUCUCGAGCUGCUCCCACCUUUCGUGUCGCCAUCCACUUAUGAAUCUCUCCUACCAGCCAUUGCCACACAGAUAGACGACGACGGGCAGAUAUGCAGGUUGAGCAAGAUAGAUGGCCUAACCGCGGAAGCUGGUGACGAUAACGAGUUGGCGACUCCGGUGGUGCUUCUCUCCGAUAAUCAGCUUCAGGACCUUACGGAUGAAGAACGAGCAGAGUUUGACGAGUACGCACAGAUGGACCGCGACGAGCGCAGCUCAGUGUACGGCAAAUGGUUCACGAAGAGGAUUCUGGAGCUGGAUACUCGUUACGGUCAGCUUGCUUUUGCUUACGAGCUUAGCUGCUUGGCCACCAAAUGCUUGAGCGGGUGGUCUUCACAAGCCAAAAGGUCGCUGGAGGAGUUCUUCAUGCAAACAGAGCUCUUGUACAAGUGCGUGUACCCGCUUCAGCUAUCGGCCUGCUGCUUGCUCCCGCUGAGUGAGUGGUCCGCUCUGUCGAUUCAAGAUCAAGCGAUGCUUGUGGUGGGUACUGCUGACGAGAAGACUUUUGCUGGGGACGUGUCUCCUAUCCUGGAUCGUUUGGACAUGGUGUUCGUGUCCCAGCGCAGAGAGCUGUACGCUUUGGACGACCUUUUUUCGUGGUUAGCUCAGACUAUCUCAUCGAAGUCCUCCUUGGGAAGUCUGACGUUUGCAGCACAACUCAUUCAUCGGAGCAACCCAUCGAUUAAUCGAGCCAACCGGUGGAUUCAGAGUGACACUCAGCUGAUCGAGACCGCCUUAGAUGUGGUUUAUUCGGUCAACUCCUCUGACAUCAUUGGCGACAAAUCGCCUACUGUGGACGAGGAUGUGUACAUGCAGCGCCAUUUCGCACUAGUAGAGCAGUUGUGGACAAUUUUCCAGUCGCUGCCCGUCCGGAAGGAAAAUGACCCGCCGGAGAUUGCCCAGUUGCAGGUGGCUGUGGAUGAGAUGGAAGAUCUGAUGGUGACAAUGGACGUGCUUAGCAAAUACGGCGUGGUUUCGUCACCCAGUAGCCUCAAGUACCGCAUGCUGGCUAGUAGUGGUGUUGGUGCGGGUGGUGGCACCAGUGUUGGGCCACAAGGUUUGCUAGAGCAAAUGUGCGAGUUUGCGUUACCAGGCGAUUUUUCCGACGACGAGGAAAACGGGGAUGGAAGCCAGUGGAUGGAAGUGCUACAGGACGCAGUCAAGCUGAAAGAACACGCGUUUGGCGAACGAUUAAGCCAAGAGAUGAUUCUGGAUGUUAUUUUGAAGCAUCUACUUGCGCCUGAACGCGCCUACGUCGAUGCUGCCCAGAAUUUAGUGAACCACUGGAUCGCCUCCGAUGUGGAGGCUAUCGAGCACGUGCUGGAUGGACUGAUUGUGGCGAUUCGAACGAAGCUCGACUCGGUGACUGGGUAUUCGGAGGACGCCAAAUCAAAUACUACGCAUGAUGCUGCGUUGGGCUGCAUCGGUAUCGCAAGACAACUGCUAUCGCUCCCAGUGUGGGAUGAAGGAGACCGUGCCGAGUCUGGGGCAAAACAGCACUAUGAAGAGGCUUUGGCGCUCGAGACAGACACCGCGCACGCUUGCGAACUGCUAGACUUGCUCACAUACGGAGCAGUUAAACUGUCACCGUCCAAGCUUCGCAGCUCGACAGAGGAGCAGGAGGAGAGCAGCGCCCGACUGGAUGCUGUCUGUCAAGUAUUUGUAAGUAACCCGAGCAACUACAAGCCGUCCGUGCGUGCUCGAGAGUGGCUGGAACGGCAUCAUGCUGGCGAGGUCGAUCUCACGAACGGAGAGUCAGCUCCAGAGCUGUGGAACGAGCCUCUCGCUGCAGUAAUGUACUUGGCCAAGUUACUCCGCGUUGACUCGCAGAGGCUGGAAAUCUGGAUGAAGGGCGCUUACGCAGCACUCUAUUGCAUGGAUUACGAUGUUGCGUACGACUUGACCAUGCAAGUUAUCGCCGGGAUUCCGACCGAGACAGAAGCACUCGCAGCUAGCCAGAACAAUGGCGAUGACAAGUUGACCCUUCUGCACUUGGUCUCGUUGAUUUUGGACCUCGUGUCUGCUUCGUCCUUCGGGUCAUGGGGUAAGAAGCGCAAACUGUGUUGCGCGCUGUUCAGCGCAGCAAACGUUGCGUCUUCGGAUCUCUUCGGGCAUCAAGUGACAGACUUGGUACUGUCGUGGCAGGAAAGAAUAGAAGCUAUCCAGGGCUUAAUGGUAGAGCUUGGCUUGUCCGACGCCGACCUGGAGCAACGACGACUUGCUGGCAGCAAAACUUCUAGCAGCGCUGAAGCUGUGCUUCUGAAUGAGCUGCAUGUAGUCGUUGAGUUGCUGCACGAAGAGAAGAAUGACCGCCAGUUCCUGCUACGACUGCUGCAGCACGGUUUCCAGCUCGCCCAAGUGAUGUCCAACAACGACUCCGGGAGCGACAACAAAGACGACACAGAGGUUGUAUCAACAUUCUUACAGCAGAUGGUGCAGCUGUGCGUGAAGGAGGCGUUGGAGUUGACUUUUGUUCCCACGACGAGUGACUCUGGAGACUGGCAGCAAUACCUGGAGCUUGGUUUCAGUUAUUUGAUGCUGUGGAGUGAUCUCUGCGUGGAUGACGAAAGUUUUGAAGCAUUCUGCACCGAUGAUAUCCUGCCGUUGAUUUCCCCAACGAACGCUUCUGUGCAAGCAAGUGAAGUUGUAGUUCGGUGCUUGCAUCACUUCUUCUUGUUCCAGGUGGCCCAGGCCAAGGAGAACCCUGCUGAAAGUGAUACUGAGGCGCUACUGACUCGCAGAAAGCGUCUUGAAACGUUGUCAUCAUCCUAUGAAGCUGUACGGAAAUCCGCUGGUUCUCUUAGUGAGUCUCAGAAUGGCGCCUUAGACGACAUGGCAAGCAUCUACGUGAAGUUGGCGCAGCAGUGCCAAGAGCGACUGGUUUCGCAAAAGAAGUCGCAGGAAAUGGAGCAAAUGAACACGUUCUUCAACACGGAGCUGGAUCUGGAGCGGUUCUCGCAAGAUGAAAGCUACCGAAACGAGAAGAUUAUGCUGCUGGCCACGAAGAAGGAGCACUUCCAGCUCUCAAGGCAGUUUGCCAGCAAGUACGGAAUCGACGAGUAUGACUGUGUGCUAGCGUACAUCAAGAACGUGCUGCUAUUUCCGCCGGAUAGCAGUCGACUGGGUCGUCGAGAGCAGCUAGAUCAAGCCUUCCACAUUGAGCAGACUGAUAUCCUGGAGGAGGCUUUACAGAAGCCGGUUACUUUUGGAGACUUUUUGUUGGGAAGAGGGGCUGCAGGAGAACCCAGCGUGUACGAGAUGAUCGAUGGAACGGAUCACGUUGGCAUUUUACUUGUUUUGCGCAUGGUCCUGGAAUGCUCAAAGCGAAUCCACCAAGAAUCUGCUGUGUCGGAGUCCCCCCACGGGCGAUCUCUGUUUCCUUUGUCCAAACCGUCGACAGACCGUAUCACCUUGCUGUUCAUGUGCCUGAAAAAAUUGAAGGAAAUUGGAGACGCGCUCGACGAUGUAGAGCCAGUUGACCUCAAGCUCAUCGGCGCAGCCUCGACAACCGCCGAACUGUUGAAAUCUUUAGCUUUGUCACAGACGGACCCUCAAGCUAUGAUUGCGAAUCGUGAGAUGGCUGUUGAAGCAGUGCGGCCUCUUCUUACUGGCAAGACUAUCAAGUUUGUUACCAAGAUCUUACGCAAGCUGCAUCGUGUGACGCCAAGCUCUAUGGUCAUGAUCUAUAUAAAUGACUUGCUGACUGGAAUCUGGAGAGAGCACGGAGCAACCGGCAGCACCACGGGAGUGCUAUCUGCUGAUCUGGCAGUCUACGCGUACGAGUCAUGCGUGCCGUGUCUUUCAGUUCUCUCGAACGAGCACUUGAUGUUGUUCCAUUACUUGUUCCUGGAUGGCUCAAGUGGAAAGCCAACCCCCGAGUUGGUAGCGCACCUGAAUAUCGAGGAGGAGUUCUACGGACAGUCGUUGAGCGUCUUGGAGCACUUCGGAGCACUGCUGACCCCUCAGAAGCGCGUCGAGCUCGUGGCAGACACGCUGACACUCUUCCAGACGAAGUACAACUCGUGGCAAAACUCGGGCCCGCGCUCAAACGUUUCGUCCACGUCGUCUACUUCAUCCUCGUCCUCUUCAUCAUGGGACCCCGCCCAAUUCAAGCGGAAGGAGCAGGAGCUGCACUAUCUGGAACGCGAGUUGGCCGAGAACGUGUGCUAUCUGCUGCUGAAGGAGAUUGAACGGAGUGCCUUGACAUUCGACACACAGUCGUUGGAGACCUUGGCUUCGAGCUUGAAGGCGUGGUUUGCGAUGGAUUCUCUCCAGCAAGCUGCCAACGAGGAGGUUCUUCACAAUACCGUGCUGAUGGAGCUUUGUAAGCGCGUGAUGUCGGUGGAUCUGGCGACUCUCAUCAUGGAGUUGGUACUGCGCGCCGGCGGAAGCAAGGCCAGUGGUGACGUUGCCGUGAGUGCGAUUGCACACAGCUACCAGGCGGCCAUCACUAAUCUCAUUGAUCAGGCCAUGGGCGCUGGGGAAGAUGGAGCAAAGCAAAAUGUCCAAUGGGUCGAACGACUAGCGUGGACGUGGGUCACAGGUUCGGGCGCUCCCAGCAGCAAGCAAUCAGCCGAGAUUGAACGCUACCUCCGUGGCGCGUUGGGCAAUUCAGGAGAUGGAAAGACGGCGUCGCACGCCAUAUAUGAGCGAGUUGUAACAAUGCUCUCGCAGUCGCCGUCUACAUUGCUGAAGGAGAUUGGAUUGAACCGGCUUGGAGCAAUGCAGACUCCUGCCGACGAAGAGGAAGUCAAGCGUGUAAGCGGCGUGGUGCGUGAAGCCGUGCUGUUGCAGUGGGGGCAACUGAUCGCUUUCGCUGAAGAACAGCAAAAGUGGACGGAGGCUGCGGUGCUGAGUAACAUGCUGACAACGUGCGAGGGCGAAAAGAGCAGAGACGCUACUGCGGUCAAGUGGCACUUUGGUCUUCAUGUGAAGGCUGUUUGGUCUGCGCUUCUCACCAAACACAAGCUUGAUGAACACCCAGACUCGCAGCGCAUCCUGGUAGUCCCAAGUAGCGACAUUUCGGACCACUUUGCUGCUGUCUUUGAGGAGCUGCUCGCCUUCAUAGAGGUUUGUGCAGGCGAUGACAACCCGAGGGCGCUACGGUUCGCAGAGACGGCGACGGUGGCGUUGAGCAACUUGCUCGUGCGCCAUGACGACGUACUCGGAGCAUCUGAGGGUGCUGCGCAGCGGAGUGCCUCUGCAUGGCAAGACGAGCAGAAGCGUGCGGUGGAGACUCGAGUGCAAGCGCAGUUUCAAGUUGGAGUCGUGGCUGAGAGGCAGGCGCCAUCCAUGAACGAGGAGGAUGCUACAUGCUGGUCAGCUCUCUUCGCCCGGGGUGUGUGGGGUGCUCGCCUGUUGAGUUGGUACACCACCCACGCGUACGCGGAGCUGAGUAGCGAGGAGGAAGCCACUGAGGCGGUCAUCUUGGUGCAUUGGGAGGCCAGCAACCUCGAUUUGGCGAUUCAACUGCUGCUCAUGUGUCCAUUCGACAACCUCCGAGAGAAGUACGCCGAGCGCGCCCUGUCGGUUGUGCGUCAACUCCCCCAAGGAUCUCCCAGUUGGUCUGCCGCUGUGGAGCUGGCGCUGCUGCGCUUCGACGUCGCCGUGCUCUUGCAGCACGGUCUUCACUCCUCCGUGGUGGCGUUCCUGCUGCAAAACUCCACCAAACGACCUGCGCUCUGGACGUCCAGCGGCGACUACGUCGUGUGCGCGCUGGUGACACAGGGCGAGCUCGCAGCAGCUGGACGUCUGACCUGUGCACUGCGCCACGCCCACCCACUGCUUUGGGACGUGGAGAACGCUCGCCUAUUGCUCGCCAACUACUUGCGGUCCCUCGCUUCGUCACCCGAGAAGCACACGAGCCACGACGCAUUGGCGCUGGCGCCUCUGAAGCACGAGGUGUUCGUCCAGACGUCCACCCGGUUCGCGAGCGUCCUCAUCUAG